UUUUUGCUAUCCUCGUCUAAAAUGACAUUAAAAAUCCUCAUAUGUUGGCAAUUGUGAAGAGAAAGAUAGGUUGGAAAAGGUUCAUGACUGACAAUUUGUGACUCUGUAUGUGGGUUUGAUUGUAAGUAGAAAGACACAGAAAAUACACGAUAAAGACGAGGGUUGGAGAGCAGGAGAUGGAGGAGCAUUUAGCAAUUGCAAAAAGUGCAGGUGCGGAGCUUCUUCCUCACGGCCUGCGCAUUUCUGGCUGGCAGAUUCAGUCCAACAAGCAUCCCAUCCUCCAAUCCCAUGCCCGUGAACAGUCUCUGCUAUCAUGGAAAUCCCUAAUGACAGGUUUAUGAUUUAGCUUAAUGAGGGCUUAAUGGUGGUUUACAAGACAGAUAUAAAAUGCUCAUUUCUUCCCUAAUGGAAGAGACAAUCUCAACAAGGAGUUGAAGAUAUUGAAAGAAUAUAUGGAGAAAAAGAAUAUUUCUAAGCCUAUUGAUCAUGACAGUUUUGUACCUACUACCAAGAGAUACAAAUGGGAGAAAAAGAUUGACACGGCACACUUACCAGAAAUGGUCUUUGGAGAAAGUUGGCUUGAUCUUAUUCACGAGGAAACUGGAAUUAGAAUCCACUUUAAUGCAUUUGAUGCACUACUUGGAUGGAAGGAGGAAGCUUUACCACCUGUUGAAGUCCCAGCUGCAGCUCAAUGGAAAUUUAGAAGUAAGCCGAGUCAGCAGGUAAUACUGGAUUAUGAUUAUACAUUCACAACACCAUAUGCUGGGAGUGAAGUACUUGAACCAAGCAGAACCCAGGUAGAGAUGGAGGUAACACCAAAAGAAACAAAUCAAACUCUGAGGUGGGUAGAGUGUGAAGAUUGUAUAAAUUUGGUAGCACUACAAUCAAAGGAUCCAAUACUGUUUUAUGACGAGGUAGUAUUGUAUGAAGAUGAAUUGGCUGACAAUGGUGUUUCACUCUUAACUGUAAAAAUUAGAGUCAUGCCAACUUGCUGGUUUCUUCUUCUUCGUUUCUGGCUAAGAGUUGAUGGUGUACUCAUGAGAUUAAGAGACACUCGCAUGUACUGUACUUUUGAAAGUGAUCCCAAAAGAAUGCCUUUAGUCAUUCGAGAGCGCAUUCGAAGGGAAGACACAUUCAAAGCUUUAGCUGCAAGGGGAUUCCCAUCAGAUUCUUCUGCUUACGGUGAUCCUAACUUGAUAGCUGAAAGGUUGCAAAUAACUUGGAAAGUCAAUGAAAAGCUUAGUUACUGAAGCUGAUAUCCCAAUUGGUGUGAAGUGAGAAGCAGCGUUAAUUCAAUCCAUUUACUUACAGUAUGCCUAAACUGCAAUAUAUCAAUUUCGAGAUUAGAGUGGAUACAAUGGACUGAAUUGUGCCAUUCUUUGUGGUACAGUUCGAGUUUUAGAGCAGGGUUCUUUUGGCAUGCAUUUGCCUCUUGUUUUUGAGGUAAAUUUGUUGCUGGUCACUGUAUGGAAAGACAGCCAAAGUGACUGGAACUCGUUCUUUAAGUACACUAAAUCUGGUCAAAUACAUAAAUGAUCAAUUGCUUCUCAGUUGGAUUACAAAGUUUCAGAAGCCUUCAUCCACUUUUCAAGGAGUAUUGAUUGAGAUGCAUAUUGAUUUCUGAGCAUUUGGUUCUAAAUAUAGUUUUGCUGCUGAUUGACAUAAAUUUUAAAGAGUGACAUUUCUUUAACUGACGGUGUCACUAUUACAUGGGCAUUGUAAAUAGUUUUGGGUAUAGUUACAAUGGCCAUAUGCCUGAGUAUGAGAUGUGGGGAAUUUGUCCACCUUUAUGUUGAAUAAUUGAAUGCAUAAGGUGUGGCUCUACCACUAUCGCUAUUUAUCAUAACUGCCAUUAUAGAAGAGUAUUAGAUGCAGAUUUUAGGUUUUUAAAAUGUAAUAGCAUUAGGUUUCUGCAUCAUAGUUUUAUUUAAGUGAACAUUACAUUACCGAUUUUAUGAUAGAGACAGGAGGGACGGUGAUGAAAGAGGCAUUUGACCAGAAGACAUAGUGCCAUUUCUUUUACAUUGUUUCACGUUGCAAUAUAGAAGUGGAAAAUCCAACUUAGGUGAAAAGAAUCAUUAGAGUAUUGCAGGUGCUAUAUCCAAUAAUGUCAAUGCUUAUCAAUGGUGCCUCCAUGAAGGAGCAAUGGUAGAACUUUCACUGUUCAAGGCCACAAGCCUAAUGUGUGAGUUAAAGAUAAAAUGUUUGAAUUUGAGGACUAUUGGAAGAGAGCUUUUAAAGUUUAGGGUCUGCUAUUCCCAUCACACAAAGAGGCAUUAUAUCAAGGAUCUUUUUUCCCUAUAUUUUAAUGCGUGGAAAAUCUCUAUUAUCUAUAAUCAUUCCAUCAAAGGAUCAAAACUAUAUGUGUAAGACUUGUUGAGGAAGUCAUCACUAUUUUCAAUGCAAAUAUAUUCUAAUAGAUGAGUAUUUACUUGCUAUA